CGCCACACUCAGUUGCCUUGUACCAACUUCACGGCGGAUCACGCCAUUACCACCAGGAACAACAUCGAUAUCGUCUCACUAACAACACCGCACCACCACACAUCCUCGCCGCGCAAGUAUUACAUCUUUUCUCAGUACUAGAACCACUACCAGACAGAAGACUGCCACCAUGAAGCUCACCUUCAAGGACUUGAAGCAGCAAAAGUUUACCAUCGACGCCGAGCCUAGCGAGACCAUCGGUGCACUCAAGCGCAAGAUCAGUGAAGAGAAGGGCUGGGAGCCGUCUACCCAGAAACUCAUCUACUCCGGCAAAAUACUGCAAGAUGAUAAUACCAUCGAGUCAUACAAGAUCGAAGAGAAAGGUUUCAUUGUCUGCAUGACGUCCAAGCCCAAGGCGGCGCCGAAGCCAGUCGAGCCAUCUACACCUGCACAAGCUCCAUCCACACCCGCAGCCCCUCCCGCACCCGUAGCGGCACCCAACACAACCGCCGCACAACCACCUCCCACCCCAUCUCCCGCACCUGCCUCGACCGCCGCCGCGGACCCCGCAUCAUGGAACGAUCCUUCGGCGCUUGCUAUGGGCGAGCAACGCCAGGCUGCAGUCGCCAACAUGGAGGCGAUGGGCUUCCCUCGUGAUCAGAUCGAUCGGGCAAUGCGCGCAGCAUUCUUUAACCCUGACCGUGCGGUCGAGUAUUUGCUGAAUGGUAUUCCGGCGAGUGCAGAGCAGGAGCAGAGAGCAGCUGCAACACCACAGAGACCAGCGUCAAAUCAGCCGGCGCCGCAACAGCAAGCACAGCCGCCAGCGCAGACUGGCAACACAGGUGCAACUGGGGGCGACGAGCCAGUCAACCUCUUCGAGGCAGCCGCACAAGCUGGGCAGAGAGGAGGUGUAGGCGGCAACCGUGGCACAGGCGACCUCGCGGCAGCUCUUGGUGGGGGCCAAGGAGGUCAAGGCGGACAAGCCACCGCCAACGAGCUCGACUUCCUCCGUAACAACCCGCAAUUCCAGCAACUACGACAACUCGUACAGCAACAGCCAGCCAUGCUCGAGCCCAUCCUCCAGCAAGUCGCUGCCGGAAACCCACAGCUCGCGCAAAUGAUCACCCAGAACCCGGAGCAGUUCAUGCAGCUGCUUGCGGAGGAUGCAGAUGACGAUGUUGCGCUGCCGCCGGGUGCUCAGCAAAUAGCAGUCACUGAGGAGGAGCGGGAGGCUAUUGAAAGGUUAUGCCGUCUCGGCUUUGAGCGGGAUUUGGCGAUCCAAGCGUACUUUGCGUGCGACAAGAAUGAGGAGUUGGCGGCCAAUUUCUUAUUCGACCAGCCAGAGGAGCCAGAGGAGCCGCCUGCAUAGUGAGCUACGGAAUUGGGUCGAGCAUCGGAUGGAAGCACGCAUUGAGCGUUCCCGAGGUGGUAAUGGUUGCUCGAGCGUUGCGCUUCUACGGUUGACGCUAUGCGCGUCUCUGCAUCGAUAUGCGCCAAGGCGGCGUAUCCGUGAGCCAUUAGCUCGCUACGUCACGAACAUUCUCUGACGAAGAUGCCGGCCUCAUUCUCGAGAAACAAGAGAGCUCUCACGGCCGCGUUUGCCCAAGUCUUAACGUCGCCGUGAAAUUGAAUCUUGUUUUCUUCCUAUGCGUUCGCGAGCAGUGACUCGUUGAAGCAUCGGCGCAGCGAAUCAUUGAAAGCACGGAGCACCACCUCUGCGAAAAGUUUGAAGCAACGAC